GAGCAGUACGAGCUCUACUGCGAGAUGGGCUCCACCUUCCAGCUGUGCAAGAUCUGCGCCGAGAACGACAAGGAUGUAAAGAUCGAGCCCUGCGGACACCUCAUGUGCACCUCCUGCCUGACUGCCUGGCAGGUAAUCAAAUCAAAUGUUAACGGUGCAUUGCAGUGUGACUAGGGUUUGAAUCUCAGGUUUGCAUGACAGGGAUGGAUCAUGUUAAACUAACACCAUCUCUCUUGGCAUUGCAUGUAUGCCAAUUGCUAGUGCACAAAAAACCAAACAGCCUUUGCCUUAUUUAUCCGAUUGAGGCUGAAUUUAUUUGAGCAUCUGUGAUACAAACAAGGCAUUUCUGUGUUUCUACUGUUAAUGCUUUGCUAACAGUUUUCUGUAUGCCUACUUAGUGUUAUUUGCUUUUGAAUACAGUAGGUGGUAGGGAUUAACAUGGGUAACCGGAAUCCCGGGACUGUCCCGGGAACACUCUUUACAUUUCCCGAAAAAAUAAAGACCUUUGAAAUCACAAAAAAAAUAUCCAAUGUAGGCACUAAUGCAGGCCCUUCACAACAUUUGCAGCAUCAGAUUAGCAACAAAUAAAAUAUUACAUUAUCCAAACAGCUUUUCGCAUGGAAACCUUUCACAUCACACAAAGUCGGCAUAAAUUCAAAGUGCAUGCAUAAUUGAUACUGCCGGACUGCACACGCGACCUGAAUGCCGGUAAUAAACCCUACAGGAAACCCCUACAGUAUAGCCUAUAAAAUAAUGUGUGCCUCUUUGAGCUGUCAUUGUGAAUCUUCAGGCAGUCACACAUUUGAUAGGCCUAUGCACAAUUCACUGUCACAUGAAGUCUGUUAAAAAUUCUGAGAGUCAUGAGGGAAUAUUCUAUCUUCUCCUGUCCUAGAGCCUAGGCUAUUUUCCUUUCCAGUCCCAAUCCCAAUCCCACUGAAACCCAAAAUCUUGACUCCUGUCUCGCAUGAAAAUUCCUAACUAUUCUGUAAUCCAUAGGUUGCAUUAUCAGAGCACGUCUCUCGUGUAUGCCUGUCAAAAUACUGCUAUAACUAUUUCCACUCUUCAUCUCCACGUUAUUCAUGAGCUGAUCUGCUAUCUGUAUAAUCAUCAACUCGAUUUAGCCAAAUAUAGGAGCGAUUCUGUAAUUCGUUGAAGGAGGUUAUCUAGCAAGUUUAGCAACUUUGGUCAUUUCACUUUUGUUUGACUGAGUAAGAAUGAUUAGACAGCACUAUACUCGGAGUGCGCUCUUGUGCAUUGAGAGCCUACUGCUGAAAUGCGCUGCCGAUCAAAGAUAGUUACUAUCAUUAGUAAAUAUCAGUUUAAUUUGCUCUGAAAUCUUGACAUAGUGGUGUAGCCAAGCCGACAAGGUGGCGCAGCGCCCCUCUUAUUUGGAGAGAACCUUGGCAUAGUGACCAUAUCUUGAUUUUAAACGCUUUAAAUGGGCAUUUCCAGGAUAAAUAGGAAUUAUUCCCAGUAUUGAAACUUGGUAGAUGUUCUUGAAAAUAUUCAUCCCUAGUAGGUGGUACAUCUGCAGAGAAGGCACAACCCUGUUUGGAUGGAACAUUGGUGUGUUGUGUGUGUGUGUCAGAUGGGAUGGUAAUGUGUGUAUGUUUGUAAUUACUGUCCUAAUGAGUCACUAUUGGCCUCCUCCCAUAGUGGGACAUCUGUGCUGCUUUUCUCAAGUCAACAGAUCUAUCUAUUGUGUCAUCUUAUUGAUCUUCAGCAGAAACACAAACUUGCUUACAGGAGGCACUUUUUUGCACUGUUGGGUGUCAUAUAUUCAUGGUGGAUUCAUUUGUUUAUUUCUUUCAGGGACGUGUGUUAAGAACCCUUUCAUAAUGGAGGUGGUCCUGAUAUACAGUAACUACAGAUACACAUCUAUAGAUACUAUACACAUCACAAACAGACAGCUAUAUAUCAUGUGUGCAUACUGUAAUAUGAACAUAUGAAGUUGGUAAUGCAGGAGAUACAUAAGAAAGGAUCUUGGACACAGUUAGUUUUGUUCUGUUUCAGAACACAAGCCUUACCCAUCUCCUCCCUGUAUGUAGGGCCCUAUAAAAUCUGCUUUACAAAGAAUGCGAACGGAAUCACGGAAUCCAGACAUUAAAAUGGAAUUCAACAAUAUUGAAAAAUGUAUUUCACUUUUAGUAGGAAAUUAACUAAAUGUAUUGACUUAUUAGAACAUUCUUUAAUUUGCCAAAUAUUAUCAUAAGACAUUAACAAAAUACAUCAGUGAUUCGUAUUUUCCAUCGCUAACCAAACAACGGUCUCUGGCUGGUGCACAGUUGAAUUAAAGGGUAACUACACAAAUGUAUUAGAUUUUUCACAGACCUCAAAAGUGGUCUCCGGAAGUAGUUUAAGCAUUGUUGUGGACUUAGAACAUCCUAUUUUGUUUUUCUAUUAAAAAAGUGUGAUUUUGAGACUGGAAAUCUGAAAAAACAGAGAAAAACAGAGAAAUCGAAAUUUGGGAGAAAAUAAACAGAAUCAGACAAAUUCAACCGAUUUUUAUAGGGCCCUAUGUAUGGUUGAUGUCAAGUUGGUGAUGGUUUUAGAAUGGUAGAAUGGCUUAGCCUGUCCCUUUCUGUUUCUCUAUGUCUAUGGCUCUACCAGUGAUUCCCAUGGCUCCAUCUGAGGUGGGCCUAAGGGCACGUGUCUGUGUGUGUGUGUGUCUUUGUCACAUUUCCUGUUAUGAUGAUGUGAUGUGUCAUGUGACCGAGCCCUACCUUUCCUAUCUACGGUUGCCGGGAUGUGUGUCAGCGCAGUGAUGUCAUGUGUGGGCCGUGGAAGUCACAGAGGGAACUUCCAUUCUCGCUAUUGUAUGACUAACUAACAACCCCGGAUAUGUUCCAGUUGAGUCAAAUACGUGGGGUUCCCUCGUUACAUUAGCCUACUCAACAAGGACUUGUGGUACUACUUCUUAUAAAAAGAAAUUGAAAACAUCUGCCAUUACUCAAAGAUUCUUGAACACAUCCUGGUAUUUUAACUUAAGAAAGUUUCUUAAGGCAGAAGGGGUGGGCCCUGUAGGGUUUGAAUGGCCAUUCUGUUUUUGGAAAGGACGUGUUUGUGAUCAGAUGUGGGUGUUUUUGGCCGAGAGCAGUGAUGCAUACGAUUUUACACAUUUACCAUAAUGUACAGUAUGUACAUACAUGGCUCUGCAACUCUGAAUCUUCUGAUUUGAUUGAUCAGAUUGAUAUCUAACCUAGGACCAAAACUUAAAUGUCAUAUGACUCUGGGAUCAUCUGCAUUUACUAUACCUAGGGUUGCAAAAUUCCAGGAACUUUCAAUAAAUUCCCUGGUUUUCCAGAAAUCCUGAUUGGAGGAUUCCGGAAUUCCUGCUUAUUCACGCCUGAUUCCGGGAAUCUUCCAACCAGUAUUUCGGGAAAACCAGGGAAUCUAUACUACCAGAAACAAUGGUUCUCAUUGUCAGCCGAUGCUGAAUGUGCCUGAGCGGCCUCCCACUCUAAUUUGGAUUAGGUUUCCAAAAAUGCUUUGAUGCCUUUCGCAAGUUCCCAACCAGAUAGAUGGCUGCCACAAUCAGGCUUUUGUUCUUGUAAAUAUCGCCUCCCUUUGAUUCACGAAAGUUGAAGCAGAGGGAAACCUCAUCAUGAAAGAUGGAAGCCUUUUAUUAAUUGUAUUUUUAGUGCCAAUCGCAUGGUCCAAGCAAGUGUGCGUUUGUGUGUGUGUGUGUGUCCGUGCAUGUGUGUUGUAUGCCUGAGUGUGUAUAGUCUCCACUGGCACUGGGCACAUGCAUGUGGGAUUGCAUUUAUUUGAAUAUUUGAUUAAUUUACUUACUUACUUAUGUAUGUAGGCCUAUAUGCUGCAAUGCAUCUUUUAGCUGCAAAUGUAGUAAAGCUUGAUGUGCGUUUCUCGACAGGAGUCGGACGGACAAGGGUGUCCUUUCUGCCGGUGUGAGAUCAAAGGCACAGAGCCUAUCAUCGUGGACCCUUUUGACCCGCGCAACACGGGGGCUAAGUGCUUCUUCUUGGAUCACUUUAGCUCGCCUAUACUGGACCUGGAAGACCUGGAUGAGGACAAAGAGGACUGUCUGGUCAUGAAUGGACUGGCCUCCAUCAGGAAG